AUGGCUGAUUUUCUGUUUCGGGUUGCUUUCUUCACAGGACUUCUCGGAUUUCGUGCAGCCGUUGCUCAUCCUGAACUUGAUGCAAUCACGUUGCUUUCUCUGGCUUGGUGCAUCUCGGGCUCGGUUCCAUCGCUCGGUUCCUUCGGCUCGGCUCCAUCGCUGGGUUCCUUCGGCUUGGUUCCAUCGCUGGGCUCCUCAGGGGCUCGGUUUGACCCCAUCGUUGAUUUUUCAACCUGGGUAACAUCGUUGGUUUUUCCGGGCAUAAUUCCAUCGACAUUCUUUUUCGGCCGAUUUCCAUCACUCAUUCUUCCUGGCCUGGACAAAGCACUCUUCGCUCCUAGCAGGCUGGGUGGAGCAGCACACUGCAUUGCUGAAUCGAUCGGUAGCAGAAAAAGCAGCAACAAACAGAGCCUGAGAUGCGCUUUUUGCAGUUGCGCAUGCCUGGUGGCUAUAUCACGCUACGACGCACAACCGUUAUUUUGGCGCAGUCGUGCUGCAGAACCAGAAGAGCAAUGCGAACCGGUUGAAAAUCUGCAAAAUGGCCUUGUUGUUCCUCGAGCUGCCGACUUCAUAAUGUUGAGAAGUGGUAAGGCGCGUGCUGCAGCUUCCGUUGGAUCGACGCCUCGAACCUCACUAAGAUCUGGACACGGAUCAGUUGGUGAAUCGGAUAUAGUCAUCUGCUCACAACGAGUACAGGAAAUGAUACAGCGACUGGAACGAGUGCUUCUUGCAUUUGAUAUGGUAAAGAAUCGAUCGGAGAAAGACAGCAAACGAGCAGAAUUGUUGUCCUCCGUAGUAGACAGGUUAAGAAUUUUGGGAACCGAUAUUACGAGGAUAGCACAGGAAUGUGGCUAUGAAAAAGAUGCGCUAUCAAGUGAAGAUACGUGUAAGUUCAUUGCUAAAUAA